GGGCAUCCUGAGCAGGGCAGGCGGCCGAGUCGUGGAGGCUGCGGGAGAAUGCGCCUCUCGAAAACCCUCGUCGACAUGGACAUGGCCGACUACAGCGCCGCCUUGGACCCAGCCUACACCACCCUGGAAUUUGAGAAUGUACAGGUGUUGGCCAUGGGCAAUGACACAUCCCCGUCCGAAGGUGCCAACCUCAACGCGCCCAACAGCCUGGGCGUCAGCGCCCUAUGUGCCAUCUGUGGGGACCGGGCCACAGGCAAGCACUAUGGCGCCUCCAGCUGCGAUGGCUGCAAGGGCUUCUUCCGAAGAAGUGUGAGAAAGAACCACAUGUACUCCUGCAGAUUUAGCCGGCAAUGCGUGGUGGACAAAGACAAGAGGAACCAGUGCCGCUACUGCAGGCUCAAGAAGUGCUUCCGGGCUGGCAUGAAGAAGGAAGCUGUCCAGAAUGAACGUGACCGAAUCAGCACUCGGAGGUCCAGCUAUGAGGACAGCAGCCUGCCCUCCAUCAACGCGCUCCUGCAAGCAGAGGUCCUGUCCCAGCAGAUCACCUCCCCUGUCUCUGGGAUCAACGGGGACAUCCGUGCUAAGAAGAUCGCCAGCAUCGCAGAUGUGUGCGAGUCCAUGAAGGAGCAGCUCCUGGUGCUUGUCGAGUGGGCCAAGUACAUCCCAGCCUUCUGUGAGCUCCCCCUAGACGACCAGGUGGCCCUGCUCCGAGCCCAUGCUGGCGAGCACCUGCUGCUCGGAGCCACCAAGCGAUCCAUGGUGCUGAAGGAUGUCCUGCUCCUGGGCAAUGACUACAUCGUGCCUCGGCACUGCCCGGAGCUGGCCGAGAUGAGCCGUGUGUCCAUGCGCAUCCUCGAUGAGCUGGUGCUGCCCUUCCAGGAGCUGCAGAUCGAUGACAACGAGUACGCCUGCCUCAAAGCCAUCAUCUUCUUCGACCCAGACGCCAAGGGGCUGAGCGACCCGGGCAAGAUCAAGCGGCUACGGUCACAGGUGCAAGUGAGCCUGGAGGACUACAUCAAUGACCGCCAGUACGACUCACGCGGCCGCUUCGGUGAGCUGCUGCUGCUGCUGCCCACACUGCAAAGCAUCACCUGGCAGAUGAUUGAGCAGAUCCAGUUCAUCAAGCUCUUCGGCAUGGCCAAGAUUGACAACCUGCUGCAGGAGAUGCUCCUGGGAGGUUCCUCCAGUGAUGCACCCCAUGCCCACCACCCCCUGCACCCUCACCUGAUGCAGGAACACAUGGGCACCAACGUCAUCGUUGCCAACACAAUGCCCACUCAUCUCAGCAAUGGACAGAUGUGUGAGUGGCCCCGACCCAGGGGGCAGGCAGCCACCCCUGAGACACCACAGCCCUCACCGCCAGGUGGCUCGGGCUCUGAGCCAUACAAGCUGCUGCCAGGAGCCAUCACCACCAUCGUCAAGCCCCCCUCAGCCAUCCCCCAGCCAACCAUCACCAAGCAAGAAGUCAUCUAGCAAGCCGCUGGGGGUCGGGGGCUCUGCUGGCUCCCCCCAGCCCCCUCAGAGAGUGCCUGGUGAUCCCUCAGUCACAGCGAUGGGAGGCGUGGCCACAGGGCCAGGCCCAGAACAGGAAGGGAAAGGGCCAAGAGCCCAAGAA